CACCAUUGAGACUAACUGUGUGUCGGACCCAGAGCCUAACACAUGAUAGACAAGAGCAGGAGACGCUAAAGCUUUCAAAGUAGCAGUCCUCUCUGCACUGUAACGCCUGCAGUGAGGGAAGGGCGGAAAUGUAGGUUUAAUUCAGGAAGUGUGUCAUUUCGCGGGCUUGCUCAGUCCUUACUCUUGAUUGGUUGGUUAGGAGGGCGUGGUUUCAGCUCUUUAAUACAAGUGGUUCGUGUGGGUGCCUGCUUUGGAUGAUAGGGCGCUGAGGUGGGUUUAACGGUGGCUACUUCAGUUCCUUGGUUAUACAGACGCCGGAAGUGUGGCUUUCAAUUACGCAUCGGCCCAACAGGACCGAUCAAGAGACCUAACCGACUUGAGGACGGAGCCUUCAUCAUAAUGAAAUCGUAGAUCAUUCUCAGGGCAGAUUUUAGUAUUCUGGGUGGAGUACUUUGUGUACUCGACUGGUAGUGGUGCACGCCUGUAAUCCCAGUACUUUGGAGGCAUCUCUGGAUUCGAGGCCAGCCUGGUCUACAAAACAUUUCAGGUCAGCCAGGAAGGACUACACAAAGAAAUCCUAUAUCGAAAAAACACACAAACAAAAAGAAUCAACUGUGACCUUACAGUAAACUGGUUUCGUUUAUCUGGAAAAAGUUCUCCACGUUUUGGACGCCUAGGACUUUUUCCUAGGGCCAUGGCGGACUCGAAGUUACUAGCACCAGAGCUAAGCGACGCGGAGUCGAUGGGCGAAGAGACAGUGCGGUUUCAGGAGUUGCUGCUGAAGGCUUCCAAAGAGCUCCAGCAAGCCCAGACAGCCAGGCCAGAAUCUACACAGAUCCAGCCCAAGCCUGGUUUCUGCAUAAAGACCAACUCAUCGGAAGGAAAGGUUUUCAUCAACAUCUGCCACUCUCCCUCCAUCCCUCCCCCGGUGGACGUGACUGAGGACGAACUGCUUCAGAUGCUGGAGGAGGACCAAGCUGGCUUCCGAAUCCCCAUGAGCCUGGGAGAACCACAUGCUGAGCUGGAUGCAAAAGGCCAAGGCUGUACUGCCUAUGACGUCGCUGUCAAUAGCAACUUCUACCUGAGGAUGCAGAACAGUGAUUUCCUGAGGGAACUAGUGGUCACCAUCGCCAGGGAGGGCCUUGAAGACAAGUAUGGCCUACAACUAAACCCCGAAUGGCGCAUGCUGAAGUACCGGUCUUUCCUGGGCUCCAUCUCACAGCAGAACAUCCGUUCCCAGCAGCGCCCUCGGAUCCAGGAGCUGGGGACCCUGGAUACCCAUGACUCACUCGGAACCCGGCACGGCCCAGAUCGGCCUCACCUGAACCUCUGGUUGGAAGCCCCUGACCUCCUCUUGGCUGAAGUUGACCUUCCUAAACUGGAUGGAGCCCAGGGGCUGGCACUGGAGAUCGGAGAGAACCGCCUGGUGGUGGGAGGCCCCCAGCAACUGUAUCACCUCGAUGCCUGCAUCCCCCUGCGGAUCAACAGUGAGGCAAGCAGGGCUGCUUUUCACCACAGGAGAAAGCAACUGAUGGUGUCCAUGCCCCUCCUGUCAGCGUCCUCUUGACCAGAGUGCCCUGCAUUUCCAAAUGUGGAGAAGAUACUGGUGUCUUCUCUCAGUGAAAUAAACAGGUUUCCAGUUUUCUCCA